CGCGGCUCGCCAAGCAGCUUUUUUACUAUAUUCAGCCGGAAAGUUUCGUGAAUCAAUUUCCAUACUGGAGGAUGCAGUCAACUUAAUACCCAGUGUUGAUCUACGAUUCCUCAAACGCGAUGACCAGCAGCACAUGCUGUCGGAAAUUUCUGGCCUAGCCUCAAUUGCCGCUUCCGUGGCCCUUCAGGCAGGGAGAGAAGCCUUUGAUAGUCUCAAGAUACUAGAGCUUGGUCGUGGGAUAAUUAUGGGCUUUUUAAUUGACUCAAGAUCCGAUGUUUCGGACCUCAAAACUGACCACCCACUCACAUUCGACCGAUUCCACCGCCUUCGAGUUGGGAUUGACUCGUCAACAGAUGGAAUCAACAACACAAGUGGUGAAACACCCAAUAAAUGCCAAAAUAGUGUUAUAUCCAGACGGUGGGAUGCUGUCAAUGAGAUGGAAGAAACUCUAAGAUACAUCCGCAGUUUACCAGGCU